CGAAAUAAUAUAGAUUCUCUGCUUACUUGAUUGGGAGAGGAGCCACACGCGAAAGCCACCGAAGUGAGAGAAAGGUAAUGGCGUCGGGGAAGCUUCCGCGGGAGUUGGAGGAAGAGAUACUGUCUCGGCUUCCACCUCGAUCUCUUGUUCGGUUCAGAUCUGUAUGUAAACACUGGAAACAUCUUUUCAACGACAAAAGGUUCAUCAACAACAGCUUAGCUCGUGCCCGUCCCCAAUUCAUCAUCCUGACCAAAUCCAAGAUUUAUUCGACGAUAGAGGUGAAUGAACUAGCCUCUGAAUUACAUUUUGAGGCUAAGAAGUCGACAUAUACCCGUAUCACGGCUUGCGAUGGAUUAUUGUUUCGUCACUUUUGGAUGCAAGGGGUUACCAUUUGGAAUCCAUGUUUGAGACAGGUUGGAUUGAUAGAGUACGAGUACGAGGACAGAGAUUUCCAUUUAUUGGGUGUAGGAAUUGGAUACGAUACUACUAAACCCGAAAAGGGUUACAAGAUCUUGGGGUACUUUGAUUCCCUGGAUUGGCCAAUGCUGGCAGGUUUAGGUGAAUAUGUGUCCUUGAACGGAAAUUUGUAUUGGACUUCUUACAAUGAAGAGACUCGUGAGUAUUUUCUCGGAAGCUUUGAUUUCUCCACGGAAAUAUCGAUGCGCUUUUGUCUCCCUCCUUGUGGGAAGCAUGUUUCUGGCUCACUAUAUAAACUUGUCCUCACUGUAUUUAAGGGAGAUAGGUUUGCAUUGUUAAAGCAAUCUCGUAUAUCAAGGAAUACAGAGGUUUGGGUAACAAAGGAGAAGAUUAACAAUUGUAAUAAGGAUGACGUGGUGUGGUUAAACUUGAUGACACUGUCAAUACCUAACUUUCCUUCGCUAUUCAAUCAGUUUUCUGGUAUUAGAUACUUCAUUUAUGACAAGACCCUUAUCAUGUGUUGUGGCGCCGAUCAAACCGGAGUGGCUUGCAUCUUUAUUGCGAGGGGAGACAUGUGCAAGAAGAUUCAAAUAGGUUCUGGCUUUGAUCAUUUUUCUCACUGUGUCUAUCUUCCAAAUUUGAUCUCGGUUCCUUCUGAAUUCAAAUCAGUGCAAGUUUAGAAUUUGGAUUUUUCUUGUUUAUUAUGCAUAUCUCAAUUGGAUAGUUUGAAUAAAGAGAGUACAAAGCCUUUCCAGUCUUUUGAAAUGUGAUUAUGUUUGAAAUGUGAUUCUGUUUUCAUUUCUUUUAUAUACAAUAUCCUCUGGUCUCCAUGUGGAUUGGUUUAGUACAUGAGCCUUCUUGACAUC